UUUCUCACGUGUAAUUUUUUUUUUUGUUCAUAUUCAUCAAAUAUAUGAAUUUAUUCUAGUGGACUUGUAAGGUGUAACAAGACUCUUGGAAGCAGACGUAGAGAGGGGAAGGUGGACACACAGAGAAGUAAGGGCUUGUUAAAGAAGAGCAGGUUGUCGUUCUGGUGAAUAUGGCCAUUAGAGAAAGCUGGUUUGAGGCAGGCAUGGGCAGGUUGGCCAGGCAGCCACUCUGGAUGUGGGUGGCGAUGCUCUCUGCCCUGAUAGUGGGCAAUGCCAGUGGCUGCCCAGCCCUGUGUACCUGCAGCGGAACCACAGUAGACUGCCAUGGACUGGGUCUCAAAACCAUGCCAAGGAAUAUCCCCCGCAACACUGAAAGACUGGAGCUGAAUGGGAAUAACCUCACACGAAUCACUAAGAGUGACUUUGCUGGACUGAAGUACCUCAGAGUUUUGCAGCUGGUGGAGAAUCAGAUUACUGUGAUUGAGCGUGGGGCCUUUGAUGACAUGAAGGAGCUGGAAAGACUGCGGCUGAACCGUAAUCAACUGCAGCAGCUUCCUGAGUUGCUGUUUCAGAAGAACCCUGGCCUGUCUCGACUAGAUCUGAGCGAGAACUACAUCCAGUCCAUUCCCAGAAAAGCUUUCAGGGGAGCUACAGACAUCAAAAACCUCCAGCUGGAUAAAAACCACAUCAGCUGCAUAGAGGACGGAGCCUUCAGAGCUCUGAGAGGCUUGGAAGUGCUAACGCUGAACAACAACAACAUCAGCAGCAUCCCCGUCUCUAGCUUCAACCACAUGCCCAAACUACGGACUUUCCGUCUCCACUCGAACAAUCUGAACUGUGACUGUCACCUGGCGUGGUUGGCCCAGUGGCUCAGGCAGAGGCCUACAAUUGGCUUAUUCACACAAUGCACUGCCCCUCCUGAGCUCAGAGGACUUAAUGUGGCAGAAGUACAGAAGCAUGAAUUCAGCUGCUCAGGACACCAGGAGUCUUCAAGCCCGCAGCCUUGCAGCACUGGUGGAGGCUCUUGUCCUGCCAUGUGUACCUGCAGUAACAACAUCGUGGACUGUAGAGGAAAAGGUCUGACUGCCAUCCCAGCAAACCUGCCUGAGAGCAUGGCUGAAAUACGUCUGGAGCAGAAUGGGAUUAAGUCUGUUCCACCCGGAGCCUUCUCUCCCUACAAGAAACUGCGUAGGAUAGAUCUGAGCAACAACCAGAUCUCAGAGAUAGCUCCUGAUGCCUUCCAGGGGCUGCGGUCCCUCAACUCCUUAGUGCUGUAUGGAAAUAAGAUCACCGACCUGCCUAAGGGGGUGUUUGACGGCCUCUAUGCAUUACAACUUCUGUUGCUGAAUGCCAAUAAGAUUCACUGCGUUCGUGCCAACGCCUUCCAGGACCUGCAGAAUCUCUCGCUGCUAUCGCUCUAUGACAACAAGAUCCAAACCCUCGCCAAGGGCACCUUCACUUCACUACGAGCAAUACAGACCCUUCACCUGGCCCAGAACCCAUUUAUUUGCGACUGUAAUCUGAAGUGGCUGGCCGACUACCUGCGCACCAACCCGAUCGAGACAAGCGGCGCCCGCUGCGCCAGCCCACGGCGGCUCGCAAACAAACGCAUCGGGCAGAUAAAGAGCAAGAAGUUCCGCUGCUCUGCCAAAGAGCAGUACGUCAUCCCAGGCACAGAGGACAGCCAUCUGAACAAUGCAUGUAACAGUGAUCCAGUCUGUCCUCCCAAGUGCCGCUGUGAGUCGAAUGUUGUGGACUGCUCCAACCUUAAGCUCACCAAAAUCCCCGAGCACAUACCUGCAUCCACCACCGAACUCCGCCUUAACAACAAUGAGAUUACAACUCUAGAAGCAACUGGAGCUUUUAAGAACCUUUCCCAGCUGAAGAAAAUUAACCUCAGCAACAACAAGAUCACAGAGAUUGAGGAUGGGGCAUUUGAAGGCGCGUCCUCUGUCAAUGAGCUUCACCUCACAGCCAAUCAGAUGGACUCGGUUCGAAGUGGGAUGUUCCGUGGCCUUGAGGGACUGCGAAUGUUGAUGUUGAGAAACAACAAGAUCAGCUGUAUCCACAAUGACAGCUUCACAGGGCUUCACAACGUCCGUCUGUUGUCUCUGUAUGACAACCAGCUGACCACAAUCACACCCGGAGCCUUCGACACCCUCCAGACUCUGUCCACUCUUAACUUACUGGCCAACUCCUUCAACUGUGACUGUCGGCUGGCCUGGCUAGGUGAUUGGCUGAGGAGCAGGAAGAUUGUAACAGGUAACCCUCGCUGCCAGCGUCCUGCCUUCCUGAAGGAGAUCCCGCUCCAGGAUGUGGCUCUGCCUGACUUCCGCUGUGAGGAAGGCCAAGAGGAGACAAGCUGUGUGCCUCGGCCCCAGUGUCCCAGUGAAUGUACAUGCUUGGAGACCGUGGUGCGCUGCAGUAACAAGCACCUUCACACACUGCCCAAAGGCAUCCCCAGGAAUGUGACAGAACUGUAUCUAGAUGGAAACCAGUUCAGUGUUGUUCCAAAGGAACUGUCUGCCUUCAAAUACCUACAGCUGGUAGACCUGAGCAACAACAAGAUAAACUCUCUGACCAACUCAUCCUUCGCUAACAUGAGUCAGCUUACCACUCUAAUUCUGAGCUAUAACUCGCUGCGCUGUAUCCCCAAAAUGGCUUUCAGUGGACUGCACUCACUUCGACUGCUGUCUCUUCAUGGCAAUGAAAUCUCAGAGCUUCCCGAUGGCAUCUUUAAUGACGUGUCCUCACUUUCCCAUUUGGCAAUCGGUGCCAAUCCGCUGUACUGUGACUGUCACCUGCGCUGGCUGUCGGACUGGGUCAAGACUGGAUACAAAGAGCCCGGCAUCGCCCGCUGUGCUGGUCCUCAGGGCAUGGAGGGCAAACUUCUGCUGACUACACCUGCAAAGAAAUUUGAAUGUUCAGGUGAUGUGGACACGGCAGUGUUGGCCAAGUGUAACCCUUGUCUGUCGAGUCCGUGCCAGAACCAUGGCAUCUGCCACAGCGACCUGGUGGAGAUCUACAGGUGCAGCUGUCCUCCGGGAUUCAAGGGAAAGAACUGCGAGACGGUUCUGAACGCCUGUGUGAGCAGCCCAUGUGCCAAUGGAGGAACCUGCCGAAUGGAUGCAAAUCAAGAGGGACAGUACAGUUGCACAUGUUCAUUGGGCUUCGAGGGCCCGACUUGCGAAACCAAUAUCGAUGACUGCGAUGACAACGACUGCGAGAACGGAGCAACCUGCAUCGACGGUGUCAACAACUACACCUGUUUUUGUCCCCCCUACUACACAGGUGAAAUGUGUGAAGAAAUGGAAGAUGUGUGUGCCCCCGGUCGGAGCCCCUGCCAACACGAGUCUACCUGCCUCAUCACAUCCUCUGGACCCAAGUGUGUGUGUUCUCCUGGUUAUGUUGGUGAUGACUGCAGUGUAGACUAUAAUGACUGCGAGGAGCAUCGCUGUCAGAAUGGAGCUCAGUGUGUGGACGAGCUAAAUGGAUAUUCAUGCAUCUGUCCUGAAGGAUAUAGCGGUCAGUUAUGCGAGGUUCCCCCAUCUCUACUGUCACUGUGCGAGCGGGCCGACUGCCAGAACAACGCCCCAUGUGUGGAGCGAGGUGGGCGCGCCCUCUGCCAGUGUCCUCCUGAGUUCGGAGGGCCACGCUGUGAGAAGCUGGUCAGCGUCAACUUCAUCGACAGAGACUCCUACCUCUUGCUCUCUGACCUUAAGAACUGGCCUCAAGCUAACAUCACACUACAAGUAUCAACAGCGGAGGACAAUGGUAUCCUGCUGUACAAUGGAGACAAUGACCAUAUGGCGGUGGAGCUCUAUCAAGGUCAUGUCAAGGUUAGCUAUGACCCCGGCAGUCAGCCAGGACAUGCCAUAUACAGUACUGAGACUAUCAACGAUGGUCAGUUCCACACAGUGGAACUGGUGACCUUUGACCAGAUGGUGAACCUGUCCAUUGACGGGGGUCUCCCUACCACAAUGGACAGCUUUGGGGCAGUGCGGCCCAUCAACGGGGAGGCUCCACUAUACGUGGGGGGUAGGGGCCCUCUCCAGAACACACCUCCCUCCUCUGCAGGCAUGCCGGUGGACGUGCACUCGGGCACUUUCCGUCUCUGGCAGAUCCAGAAUAGCUCCAGUUUCCAUGGCUGUAUCCAGAACCUGUACAUAAACAACGAGCUUCAGGACUUCACCAAGACCCAGAUGAAGCCUGGCGUGGUACCGGGCUGCGAGCCCUGCAAGAAGAUCUACUGUGUACAUGGCAUAUGCCAACCUGAUGGGGUCCAAGGACCUGUUUGCCACUGCCAGCCAGGCUGGAGCGGGGCGCACUGUGACCAGCCUGCUAGCAACCCCUGCCAGGGCAGCAAGUGUGUCCAUGGAAAAUGCAUCCCUCUGGAUUCUCAGUCAUACCGCUGUGAGUGUGCAGAGGGUUACCGCGGAGCCCUGUGUAACCAACAAGGGGAGCUGUUUAACCCCUGCCGUCACUUGUCCUGCAAACAUGGUCGCUGCCAGAUCUCAGACACAGGAGAUGCAUACUGUCACUGUGAAAGUGGCUAUACCGGAGAACUUUGUGAUGCAGAGAUUGAGUGCAGAGGGGAACCUGUGCGAGACUUCUACCAGGUCCAGCGGGGAUACGCUAUCUGCCAGACGACACGCAUGGUCUCUUGGGUGGAGUGCACUGGAGCCUGCGACACAGGGGCCUGCUGCGCCAGUCAGAGGAUGAAACGUCGGAAAUACACCUUCGAAUGCAGCGAUGGGACCACCUUCAGCGAGGAGGUGGAAAAGACCAUCAAGUGCGGUUGCGUGGGCUGCAUGUAGCACAGUUCACUCCCGUUCCCUGCUGCUGCUGACGAGCAGAAGAUGGAAAGAAAGAAAGGAAGUAAAGAA